GAGAUGCUGUGGGGACUGACUUUCUCAUAGUAAGUGCAGACUGCUGAGACUGUGUCACCGGGACAGAGCGACACACCGGCCGGACAGACAGGGACAGAGCCGCAGCGACAACCUGCAGAGCAAUGUGACUGCACAUCCGCAGCGAGACAUGACCCCGCAGUCUGUGGAAGAUUGCUUGCAAAGUGCUCUCUCCUCUUUGUACCCUCCAUUUGAAGUUACAGCCCCCACGCUCCUGUCUCAGGUGUUUUCAGUGUUGGAGAGGACAUAUCGGGAAGAUCCCCUGCGAUACACUCUAGAAUUCCUAAUACCAGCUAAGAGAAUCCUUCAAAAUGUGCAGCACCAGGCCUGUUCUCAAUAUAGUGGAUUCCUAUUCUUUCACGAAGGAUGGCCGCUGUGUCUUGGUGACAAGAUUCUUAUUCAACUCUCCGCCCUUCCUUGGCACUUUCUAAAGCCUGGGGACUUCUACCUUCAGGUUGUGCCAUAUCUUGAGUGCUCCCCACGCCUUGUGUUAAAGUGCCUUUCUCAAGAUGGCAGUGGAGUUCAGGAGAUUGUGGUUCCUGAAAGCUCCCAUUCCUUCAUUUUCUCUGCUGAAUGGCUCAAUAGUAUCAAUAAAGACAGGAGCUCAGUACGAUUGGAGAAUUGCCUGGCAGCAGCGGAAGAAAAAGUUCUCCGACUGCAGUGGUCUGAGGUUAUUUAUCCACGUUUCAUCCACAAGGAAGGCUUUAUUGUAGGUAGGAAAUGCCCUCUUGGUCCCAUGCUGCCUCCACUGGAGUGUCGGAGUCCUGGGGAUGGAGGAAUCACCAGCGUUGAUCUAGUAGACCCUAAAGUCAGCCCUCAGUUCUCAUUUUCAAAUGUUCAACAAGACUUAGUGAGCUCAGCUGUCACUGAUUCAAUUUGUGGUUCUGUUUUGGAUUGCAUGGAAGGUGAAUAUGUGGAACUAAGCCCUCCAAAUAAAUCAAAUAAUGGAAAACUGGACAGCUACAGAGACACAUGGGUAAAUAGGGCCAAGACAGCUCCAAGCAGAAAGGGCAAGAAGAUGGGGUACCAGGCUUGGUUGCAUGAGAAGAAACCAGGAAAGGUUGGGUCUCUGAGCACUUUGAAGCAGAGAACUCAAGAUACAUGGAAAGAAAGAUUGUGCACAGGAGCAUCUGAAGACCAAAGUAAGUCCACAGUGGAUAGCUCAAAUUAUUGGAAUGCAGAUGCAACAGAAUGUUCCAAUGAGUCAGACUUGUUGAGUGAAUGGAGAAAAGGCUUGGAUCUUCUUCAGAGACAUGAUGACUGUGACAUCCCUUCUGAGAGGCAGGACUGGAUUUCCUCUGAGAGUCCAAAAUGGGUUUCAAAAGACUAUUCACAGGAACAGAGGGUGGAAAGCUUGGGAGCAGAUAGGACUGAGCCCAUAACUGGUUGUCAGGAAGAUGACAUUUUAUCAAGGACAAUAGAAGGAUUCUCCCUGAAAAUAGAUAUAACUGAGGAAAGACAGAAAUUGCUUUCCUCAGAAAACCAUGUAUAUAUCACCAGUGACUGCGGAGCUGUACCUGGAGAUGAUGUACAACAGGCUUCUUCUAUACAGUGCCAAAAUAACACAUUAAAGGGUAAUCUUAGAAGCCUGGUAGGCAACUGUCCAGUAAAUUUCCAGUUGGGUUCCUUAAACAAAGCAUUGAAAGAUGAAGAAGAUACAAUUUCCGUGGUCUCUCAUGCUAAAGAGUUAUUGUUAACCAAAACAGAUAGGACAUGGGCAGAUGGUCAAGAAACUUCAAUCAUACAUGGUAGACUUGAAGAAAGUACCACUGUGGGGGGUACACAGUUACCAUCCAGUGAGAUAAGACCACAUGAAGAUCAAGAUAAGCAACCUACCUGGAGCCAUAUUACUGAUACUCCACAGAAAACAGGGCGAGGACGACGGAAAAAAAGAAACAAGAGAGGAAGGGGGCCUUUAAGGACAGAGGCAAACAAGGGAAUUACUAAAACCUCAGAGCCUAAAACUGAUGCUGGGAAAGAAGUAACUGAGACUAUCAGCAAAACCAAAGAAGAUGAAGAAAGAAAAUCAGACAUUGAAAAAAAUGAUGAGAGCCAGAUUGCAGAAGAAGCUCUGCCCCCACCUGCUGUCAUCCACACAGUUAAGGUGCCGUGUGUGGAAUUAAAUGUGGACGCAGAUCAGCCACUUUCCCAGAACCCCUUGCUACCCGUGUCUCCCUCUGAUGGUUUGAAAUGUCUGCAUAAAGAUGUCAACUGGGAUUUAAUGGAGUCAGGCUUUAUCUGUUUGACUGGCGGACAGGACAGAGACAAGAAAGCAUUGCUGGUCAUUUGUCCAAGUAAAGCAACAGCAAUUUACAACCACAGUGACAUUGUGCAGACCGUCUCUUAUCUACACUCUCUACUUAGACCUGAACUACGUGAUUUGGGCAUAAACCUCAUCCUGGAUCUCCGAGACUGUACAACACCCAAUGAGUGCCUCCUCCAGACACUGAAAGAUAAUAAGGACUCCUUAAGUCACUUUAUAAACUGCACUUUAAUAAUCUGUGACAAAGAGAAUUCUGCAAUUGUUCCCAGUGACCUGCUCAAUUCACAGGCAAUUGUCUUGUCUUCAGAGAUAACACAGUUCAUUGAUUUGGAGGAACUGCCAGAGAGCUUUGGUGGAGAGAGACCUUAUGUUCCCUCUGAGUGUGUUUGGGGCCAGCGGUCUCUGGGCAAUCUUUACACUCUGUGCACUGAUGUACUGAAGUCACUAGAGGAUGUCAUACAUGAUUUAGAGACUGACAGCAUUCUGGACACUGAAGCAUUAAUAAGUCAUCAUCGAGAUGCCAUGAAGAAAGCAUUGAGUGAUGAGAGACUGCAGAUGCUGCAAAGAGAUGGAGGAACAUUAGUAGCAAGGUUGCAGAAGUCAUCAUACCUGAGGUUUUAUGACCCAGCAAUCUUUGAGCUUUAUGAGAAGGUGGAUGAGGCUUUGCAUCGCCUUGUGCAACUAUCUAAUCAGAAAUUGCAAGAACUGGAGGAGAGACUGUCACCACAAGAUUAUUUUGACCGGACACUUGAGGAUUCUAUGAGCCUUCAAGAUACAUCAAAGCAUCAGUAUCAUGUGAUGGAGGCCUUAGAGGAGAAACACUCAGUGGAGGAAGGCCAGAGCCAAACAGCAGAACCAGAAAAUCGGAGGCUAGAGGUUGGAGUCAGGAUUCGUGGUCUAGAGGUCAGCAGCCGAGAGCUAGCAGAUCGGACUUGCAGCCCUCCUCGGGGCCAUGUUCUCAGCAGAGGUGAUGGAAGAGGACCUGAUGCUCCCUGGGGAGGGAUUCCCAAGCCAGAAGGAAGAAGGUCUCCCCAACGCUUACUUCUAGACCUCCUGUGCUCGGAGCGAAGCUACGUGCAAUGUCUACGACGCUCUUUGGAGGCCAGAAGGUCUUGUCCAGCUAGCCUGGCGCUCAGAGGAAGUUUGGAGCAACUCCUUAACUUCCACACUUAUUUUCUGAGAGAACUCCAGAACUGCGUAUCACAGCCGCUGACUGUCUCAUACUGCUUCCUUCAACAUGCAGAGCAGUUGCGUUUAUAUUCUCUGUAUGUGAAAAACAGACAGAAGGUGGAGCUCUUCCUUCCAGCACCCAGCGGAAGCCUUAAGGGCAGGAGGAGGGACCAAAAGGAAGAGGAGGAAACAUGGGCGAUUCUACAAAGACCACUGGAGCAACUUGAUCAGUAUCAACGGUUUCUGGGUGAUAUGAUGCAAGAGUGUGAUCAGGAGGACGAGCACGAACAACAGUCUCUGCACACAGCUCGGGAGCUGGUGGGGUCCCUUGUGCACCAUGGGAAGAAUUUGUUGGCUGCUGAAGCCAUCCGAGGGUUUGAGGUUGAUGAGAAAGAACAUGGUCGGCUUCUGCUCAAAGACGUGUUCACUGUAUUCUCGGGAAGAAAGAAGUCUCUCCGGCACGUCUUCCUCUUCCAGAAGCUUCUGCUUCUCAGCAAACUCAAGACCGCAGAAGGAGGUCUGGAAACCUAUGGCUUUAAGCAGGUAUUUAAGACUGUCGACAUGGGUCUCACUGAAAGUGCUGUGGAGGGAGACACAAGAAUUGAGCUAUGGUUCCGUCGUCCAAAAUCCAGAGAGACAUUAGUCUUACAAGCUGAAAACUCUGGUGUAAAAGAGUGCUGGACUAAUGAAAUUACCAAACUGCUAUGGGACCAAGGAGGACUAAGCAAAGAUCACAGAACCCAGGAUACAGUGUCUAUUGGUUCCAGCCAUCGCUCUUUUCUUGACAUUAAAGCUGGAUUCAGUGCAAUAAGUGAGAGAACAGUUGGUGCUCUUCUAACUGCAAGAGGUUCACGUACCAGAUCAUCUUUGGCUAUCUCAUCUUCCGAGCACAGCUCUCCAUCACCACACUCGUCCCUCAGCUUUGCACUCACAUCAGGACUAAGUCCUCGGAGGCUUCGAUCUCCUGGAGGGGUGCCGCUUCCAGACAAAAUCAAUGAAGAGGGAGUUGACACAUUUACAGGUGGACCGGUGUGCCUUAAAUCAAUCUCACCCAUUAAAGAAGGAGAAAGACCAAAGGAUCUAACUAUUGAAGGCAUAUUUCCGUCCACCUCUGUGUGAUUUCCCAACUACCUGAAAAAUAUAUGUAACCUUGUAAGUUGCCAAAACCACUGAGAGGAAAUGUAACCAAGCGACCUGGAAUAAUCUCAGUGACUACCAGAAAUGAUGGUGCUACUACACAACCAGCCUGGAAAUCAUAAAAAAACUAAAUGUUUAAAAAUGCUGAUGCCAAACUCUAAACUACAUCAGGGACAUCAGUUGGAAAUACCCCAGCAUUUACGUGGUCUUUACUGGAAUUGCACAGUGACUAUAGCUGUAAAAUAAGAAGACAGUGUAGCAAACUGUCAAUGGGGAAAAAUGGAACAGCCUGUCGUAGAGUUAAAGAGCACAUAUCUAAAACCUGGAACAGCAGAUCAAAAUCCGUAGGAGGCAAUUCUGCCAAAACUGGAACCGUAAUGCAUAGCGUACAAGGUAUGAUUAUUUGACACAACUGGAAGAUUAAUGAAGGCAUUUAUCAUCCAGUCAGU